AAAAAAAAAGAAAAGAAAAGAAAAAACACGCGAACAACGCCAACAACAUUGCAGUGAAACGCAUACCCGGGCCCCAUCUAAUUGACGGACGCUCCAACUGGUCGUGAAGGACUUCGUGUAUGGGCCUCCUUUCUGUGGGAUUCAGAUAAGCCCCGAUCAUGAUACCCAUUACAUUUGCUCAGUUUUUUGGUGCAUCCUGGCCAUCGCUGCAUCAUCGUCCGUGCGGAGCAUGAAGGCAUGAUCUUCACUUAUUCUGUAUACAUUUUCUCCCUCGCGUCCUUGCUCUUCUCCAAAGCUCUGGCUAGCAUCUGCGCAGCGUUAGGGGAAGACUAUUAUGCGUUCCUGGACUGGAGGAACAGCGAAGAGCUCUUGCGGAUGCACAGGAUCCGGAUAUGUGAGCAGCUAGCAUUCGCGAUCUUCACGUUCCGGAUAGGCAAACACGUCGUGAAGAGCUCUUUCGUGUCCUUCCUACUCUCCGCUAUCGUCGUGGUCAGGUUCCUCACGAUUCAGGUGAGGCUGGCGAAGAUGGUACGGUCGCUGCGGCAGACACAUAGUCCUCUCAUCGUCACCGCUUGUGUCGCAAUCUCUGCUGUCAUGCUUUACUUGAAGAUGAUCAUCGAAGUCGUGCUGGCGGCGCAAUAUCUGGCUCGAGUCAGCAGGAGACCAUCUUUGAAGGACAUGACGACUUUAACGUUUGGUGUUCUUCGCUUACUUGAAUUGAGGUAGAGCUCGGGUGCGAUGGACGACAGUGCAGUGCAUUCAUCAUAACGGAACAUUACUUUCCCCAUUCGUACUUCAGCCCACAGAACUAUGACAACUCUUUAUUCAUUUUAGACAUUAGACGACAUUAGACUCUUAGAAAAUGGCUAGUGGUUCUCGUCGUGCAGAUGUACAGACACCUCACUGCUUUCGGGGA